AUGCCGCUGGCUAUGGCUGGUGAUACGUACGCAUUCUCAGCCCCUCCGCCUGCAGUUGGUGGAAUGACUACUGUAUAUUUCAUACCUGUUGGCUCCGAAUUGCGUGGUACCGGUUGGUUGAUGGCUUUACAAGCAUCCGUUCAACUGGCAUUAUCGGCCACUGCAAAUGCUUCUUUCGUGAUUUUUGUUUUUGUUCAAAAGUUGCCAACUUCAUCAAUCGGACCCAAAACCGACUUGGGGUCGUACAUGCCCAAUCCGUUGCUCGAUACAAAAUGUAGAGGCUUCAUGGACUACCACGUCUCGAUGCUGCUCGAAACAGAGAAGUACGUCGUAACGCAGGCUUCCACGUGUGUUAGGCGAUUCUCUGUAUACGGAGAAAGCGGCUACGAGAAAUUGUACAUACGUCCGCCUCAGGCUCAAAAUGUGUUGCUGCAUAAAAUUGUUGGUGGUCUCAACGCUGGCAUAAAUUCGAGACGGAAAGUGCACUUGGAGGGUUGGCACAUAUUUUAUAGUAUAUGCUAUGCCCGCAAAAUGUCGAGCCAAAUCGGCUUUCAAACACAUUAUUUAUAUCGCUUUGCUGAAAACAGUGACGUGCAGGAGCAGAUGUAUCAACCUGCGAAAGCAGGGGAGUGA